ACCUCCUUGGCUUCCUCAAUGAGCUCCUUGGAGGCGUCCAGAUGUUCCCCACAAGCAAGCAGCUGAGUGUACAAACUCUGCAACUUGUUCUUCUUCUGCUCCUCCAGUCCUGCAGCAGCAUCAUCAUGACCCUGGGACAAGGUGUGCAGCACCUGGUUGUAGUGACGCUCCAAGUGCUGCUCACGACGCCCAAAGUUCUCCUGCAUCAUGCCACCUGGACAACAUCAUCAUCAUGGACAACAUCAUCAUCAUGGACAACAUCAUCAUCAUCAUGAACGUCAUCAUCAUGGACGUCAUCAUCAUGGACAACAUCAUCAUCAUGGACAACAUCAUCAUCAUGGACAACAUCGUCAUCAUCAUGGACGUCAUCAUCAUGGACAACAUCAUCAUGGACAACAUCAUCAUCAUGGACAACAUCGUCAUCAUCAUGGACGUCAUCAUCAUGGACAACAUCAUCAUGGACAACAUCAUCAUCAUGGACAACGUCAUGGACAACAUCAUCAUCAUCAUAGACAACAUCAUCAUGGACAACAUCAUCAUAAUGGACAACGUCAUAAUCACGGACAACAUAAUAAUCAUGGAAAACAUCAUCAUGGACAACAUAAUAAUCAUGGACAACAUAAUCAUGGACAACAUAAUAAUCAUGGACAACAUAAUGAUGAACAACAUCACAAUCAUGAACAUCAUCAUCAUGGACAACAUCAUCAUCAUGGACAACAUAAUUAUAGACAACAAAAUAAUCAUAGACAACAUAAUAAUCAUGGACAACAUAAUCAUCAUGGACAACAUAAUCAUGGACAACAAAAUAAUCAUAGACAACAUAAUCAUGGACAACAUAAUAAUGGACAACAAAAUAAUCAUAGACAACAUAAUAAUCAUGGACAACAUAAUCAUCAUGGACAACAUAAUCAUAGACACCAUUAUCAUGGACAACAUAAUCAUGGACAUAAUCAUCAUGGACAACAUCACAAUCAUGAACAACAUAAUAAUCACAGACACCAUAAUCAUGGACAUCAUAAUCAUCAUGGACAACAUCAUCAUCAUGGACAACAUCAUCAUCAUCAUGGACAACAUCAUCAUCAUGGACAACAUCAUCAUCAUCAUGGACAACAUCAUCAUCAUGGACAACAUCAUAAUCAUGGACAACAUAAUCAUCAUGGACAACAUCAUCAUCAUGGUAGAGAGCAUCAUUAGAUACGGGAUCACCUCAUGGUUUGGCAACCUAACCAUUAAGCUAAAAAGCAAACUGGCCGGCAUGCAUAAAACGGCAAUGAAAAUCGUAGGGAGGAAAGAAUAUGAGCCUAUACAGAGCAUCUAUGAGCAGGCAGUUAGGAAAAAAGCUAAGAAAAUUAUUUCCAACUCACAACACCCACUCUUCCCUGAAUAUAGAACCCUGCCAUCAGGGAGAAGACUCCGGGUCCCACUAUGCAAAUCGAACCGCCUUAAAUUAUCAUUUGGCCCAGCCUCCAUUAAGCUGACCAACAAGGUGCAAUAGAAUGUUAAUACAUAGGUUAGCACUUUUUUAGCACAUAGCACUUUAGAACUAAGCACUUUAGCACAAAGCACUUUAUCUAUGAGCUCUAGUGCAAUGUACACUGGCACUUUAUCUUUAUCUCCAUACUGUAGAUUUUAUGCCUACAUCAAAGUGCCAUCUAUGUCUAUCAAGCUCCAUGUUCUGAUGUUUAAAUGUUAGUUGUCUGGUUGUAGUUGUGUCUGUGCUUGUGUUUUUGUUCUGUUGUUUUUGUGUAUGUUAAGAAAGCAAUGAUGCACUGUGCCCAAGACAAAUUUCCCCGCGGGGACAGUAAAGUUGAACCUUGAACCUUGAACCUUGAACAUAAUCAUGGACAACAUCAUCAUCAUGGACAACAUCAUCAUCAUGGACAACAUCAUCAUCAUGGACAACAUCAUCAUCAUGGACAACAUCAUCAUCAUGGACAACAUAAUCAUGGACAGCGUAAUAAUCAUGGACAACAUAAUCAUCAUGGACAACAUAAUAAUCAUAGACACCAUUAUCAUGGACAACAUAAUCAUGGACAUAAUCAUCAUGGACAACAUCACAAUCAUGAACAACAUAAUAAUCACAGACACCAUAAUCAUGGACAUCAUAAUCAUCAUGGACAACAUCAUCAUCAUGGACAACAUCAUCAUCAUCAUGGACAACAUCAUCAUCAUGGACAACAUCAUCAUCAUCAUGGACAACAUCAUCAUCAU